CUGAAUGCGAUUAGGAUUCCUGAAGAUGCACCAGACUGAUUCUGGCAAGCCGUCUGUCGUCUGGAUAUGCACUGUUGUUCGUCAUGGUCAGCAAUCUUCUUCGUUCGUCCUUUCGUUUUCGUUUUCCGCGUAUUACUUCAAUAUUAUUUUAUUAGUGCAGUAAUUGCCAAGACAGAAGACUGCAGUACGAACUCGUACUCGUAGCAGCAGCAAUGCCAAGAAGAGCAGGCAGCGUAGCAAAAGCAGUCACAACAACGCAGACGCAAUAACAUUUUCAGCAGCCGUUCAUCUCAGAGGGGAUGCAGCGCCAAACUGCGAGGGUGGGGUGGUAACUCUCACAACCAAUGCCUCCGCAGGUUCAUCCUUAGCUACCCCACAGCUGAGUGCCAUACUGGUCAUGACGUAACUACAGAAACAGGAAAACUUGGAGCUGAGCCAAGGGCAAGAACUUUAUACCUGUGCAUGGCCAUGAUCCCAUGUACAAACAGCCCCAGAGAGUACCCAUGCGUGCUGGCAGCUUACUCAUCUGGGACCAGCGUGUGGCGCACGGCAGUCGGCCCAACAACAGCACGCGAGCAAGGUAUGUUCAAUUUGUAAAGAUGUUCCCAUCCAUCAACCUCCACUCAGAACGAGCUAAGAAUCGUGGACAGCUUAUCAAGGACAAGGUUGAACUAGCUGGUGUCGACUUGACUGACCUGGGCAAGAAGCUGUGUGCCCUCAAGGCAUGGGCAUCCGCGGACACGAAGGUGCCCCGCGCCAAGGCUAAGAAAAAGACAUAGACUACGUGUUCGCAUGGCUCUUUGUACAUUCACAGUUGAGUGCCUCGUUUUAUGUGUGUAUGUUUAAAUCAUGUACACCCUCUGAUGGGAGUAUGAUAAUGUAGUCAUCUAGACGGCUGGCCUGUCCCUAGUGUUCCAAGUGCAUAUUGACGCUAACCUCCAAUGUUAUAUCCAGCAAGUAUCAGAUCUGCACUAUCGCACAUAGAACUGGUGUAUAUUUCUUUACUGUGUUGAUCACUACCCUACUAGCCACAGUCAUAUUUAUAUCAACAAUAACGUGGGCACCGCAUUAUUUUUUGUUUAGGAGCUGUCGGUAUGCCGGUAGCAUGGGUCACGCUAGUGCAAAAUAGGCUAGACUACAUGCAGCCAAGAACCAGGCACUAUUCCAUCCAAGAAAUAGUGGGAGUAGCUAUCCUGAUGCCUUGCAACAUGUCCAAACCACUUCAACUUGAUGCUUGGUAACGAGAGAGCUUGGAAGCCCAGGGCCCUACGCUAUGCUUUUUUGCCUUGAUGACCUAGACAAAAAAAAGCAUAGGGAUGUUAUAAAUUCUUAUAAGUUUCUACUUUUUUUGUUUUUAGACAUAUUAAACCUGGGAUUCGAACCCGCACUAUCGCCCUGCAUGCAUCCCCCGAUACACUUCGCAUACAUACUAAUUCUUCCAAGUUGCUUCACGUUAUGAUCUUGUAUUUGAAAGCCCUAUUUGAAUAUGCAUUGUGGCCAGCCGUUUUUGAUUGUACGGUA